AUGGCGUCAGACACUGAAUUUCCUUGCUUACUCGUCAUAUCGGUGCCCUUUCCCGAUACUCGGUUGGCCAGCAGCGCCCUCCGUGCAAUUGAGGUCGACCAGGAGCUCUCUCCACUGGUACGCCGAUCCAUGUCACUGGCGGGACCUGGAUUGGAUGGAAAAGAUGGCGCCGUGAAUGGAAGCGACAAAAGAGAUCUAUCUAUCUUAAAAGUGGAAUACCGGGCCACUACAAACCGGAUGCUACGAGUUGCCGUGAAUGGUUUCAUGGAAAGUCUCGGAGUCGUCGUUGGAGUCAUGCAAGAGCUGGACGUGGAUGUGUUGGAGGCAGAUGAACAAAAAUCAUAA